CUACUACGAUGCCAUUGUUGAAGCUGUGGACCGUAAAGCACAUUAUUGUGCGAAUGAAGAAGAAGAAGAAUGUCGGUGCACCUUUGUGCUGUCUUGGCUUCAUGGUCCAAACACAGGCCUAAUAACCAGUGCUGGUAUAGCUAGCAUAUGCACAGUAAACGAUGAAGGUCGGAUCGAUCCAAAAGUCGCUUCUUUCUCAAGGUUGGCAAAAAGUAAAGUUGCAGUUUCAUCUUGCAAGAACACUUCUAUUUAUCGGAAAGAAGCAUCAGCUGGAGUAGUGCUUGCUAAAGGAGGAUGGAGACAGCUGCUCACUGAUCAGAAGAUUCUUUCAUUCCAGGACAUUCAGAGUCAGUGGAAAUUAAUUUAUGGAAGUGAAAGCAAAGUAGGUUCAGGUAACUCAAGCAACCAUGAUUCUUCUCUUCAAGAUCAAGACAAAGAUCUUGGUGGAGAAACAUCGAACUUCCAUUUCAUAUUGCUUGGUAAUCUAGAGAGGAGCUUAUCUCCAUCAUCGAUACAGAAGUUCAUACGCAGACACACAUGUGUUUCACCACAAGUGUAUAUUUUGCUAAGUCCCAACUCAACACACUUUGCAAGAGCUGUUCUGUUGGUGGAUACCAAGAUGAAGCAUAGGACGCUAUGCCAAUUCCUGGACAAUCCUGAUCGAUUCGUAGUGUCCAUGAGCGGAAGGCCAUGGGUUUUAGUUGAAAGCGUGACAAGGCUUGGGAUGAACAAGACUUUGAUUGGGAGCCAUCCAAGCCAAUUUGAGGAAAAUGGUGAUGACCGUCAUUUGGAUGAUGAACUAAUGUUGGUUCAUCCCGGUUCUGAAGAGUAUAGACGGGCUAAGUUGUUGAGAGGUUUGUUUAUGGACUUCUACAACCACGAGCAACUGAUGUUGAGGAGAUUGGUAGAGGAAGAGGAGGAGGUUAAUGCAGCAUUUUCUUCAUUGCAGCAAUGUUAGGUUAGUUUUGGUUUAGGUUGUGUUGGCUGAGAUAGUGGGGUCAACCAUUCAUUGUUUUAGUUUGCUAUCCUCCUGUGUAUAGCGCGCCUUUUCAUUGUGCAUAUAUAUGUGUGAAUAUGAUGCACGUAUAUAUAUAGUAAAGUAGCCAUCGUUGAGGGCUUGUUCUGCCUCAUCUCAAAUCUCAAUCUUACUUGAUUAUUACUAAUCACAUCUUAACAAGUUCUUGUAUCAGCUCUUUAAAGAGUGUUGUUGGUUUUAUAAUUUUAUCAAGACAGUUGCGUUUUAUUUGGUCAUCUUAGUAACCUUA